AUGUCAGAACUGUUCAAUUCGCGACUUUUCGCCUCAGCUGGCUGCCGUAUCGAUGCUGGUACAAUUUCCCAGCUAGUUGGAUUCAACGGUGCGUUGAGCAACAAGAACAGCAAUGCAAGCGUCACCACCACAACUUCUGAAUCUACAGCUACUACUAUAACUAACAAUAAUAACAAUAGCCAUAGUAAUAACAACAAUACGCUGUCCUUGUUCUCAUUGUCGUCGCUCAAUUCCAAUACACAAGAUUGUGCCGACGAGUAUGUUGAUGUAGACGGUACUACCGAUCUCAAAGAAGAAUCGCCUACGCCGACAACAGAGCAGAUUUUACGGCUGAUGAUUACAGGUUCGUUACUCAGGACAAAAUACACCCCAUUAUUGGAAAUGGAUUUGACACAAAUUACUUCCGCCUGUAAGCCAUUUGGGUACGUUUUCCGAAGGGUUGAGGGGGAGGAGCGGCCGGAUCACCAUGAAGAUUGA